UAUGGUUUUCAUUUCUUUGAUUGAAAGAAGGGAUAAAAUAAUAUGGAGGCAGUCUCAAACCAUGGUAGAAGAAAACAGAUGACAGCUUGACCAUGGCGAAAAAAUUAUAGCAAACUAUCAACAUGGCUUGUGCCGAGGAGGAGAAAACUCCUAUGUUAGUGGUAGCCUUUGACUUUGGUACUACAUUUUCUGGUUAUGCGUUUGCUACAAGAAGUGACUACAAAAAUAACCCAUUAUCUAUAUCAACUCAUACCUGGGCUACAGGAUCUCAAACUGGAAUGUCUUUAAAAACCCCAACCUGCAUUUUAUUUGAUUCUGCUGAAAACUUUGUCGCCUUUGGAAAAGAUGCUGAGGACAAAUAUACUGAACUUGCCCAAGAAGAUAAACAUAAAGGAUGGCACUACUUUCGGAGAUUCAAAAUGGAUUUGUAUAAAACCGGGCCGCAGGAAAUGCCACGGGAUCUUAGAAUUAAAGACGACCAAGGAAAACCUAUGUCAGCCAUGAAAGUGUUUGCAGAAAGUAUAAAGUUUCUUAAACAUCAUAUGAUGGAUGAACUGGCCAAGAAAGAUCUGCAAAUAGCAUUUCAACCAGAUGAGAUCCAAUGGGUGUUGACAGUUCCAGCUAUUUGGAGUGAUGCGGCUAAACAGUUCAUGCGAGAGUCUGCUGUGCAGGGUGGUAUACGCAACAGACAAUUGAUUUUAGCAUUGGAACCUGAAGCUGCUUCAGUAUACUGUAAAUAUAUUCCUAACGAACUUACGGUAACAAAUGGACAAUCUACAAUAGAUGCACUGUCACCAGGAUCAAAAUACCUUAUUUUAGAUGCAGGAGGUGGAACCAUAGAUAUAACAGUACAAGAGGUUCAGUGGGAUGAGUCCAUUAAACAGCUGUAUAUGGCCAAUGGUGGCGACUGGGGUGGUACAAAAGUCGACCUGGCCUUCGAAAAGUUUUUGGAAGAAUUUGCAGGAAAGCCAGCGUUGCAAAAAUUUCGAGAAGAGGAUAAAGGUGGUCACUUAGAUUUACAACGUGAAUUUGAGAUAAAGAAAAGAACCAUUAAAUCCGACCAGAAAGGUAAACUCACUAUACGAGUGCCUGUGUCCCUAAAAGACGCCCACAUGAAGGUGUCGGGGAGGGAACUUCAAAGUACCAAUUUAGCAAAACUAGAGAGAGACAAACUGCGUCUGGCAUCCAACACUGCUACAGACCUGUUUGCAGAACCAUGUGCCUACAUUGUGUCACAUCUUCAGAAGAUUUUUGAUGACCCAAAAGUAAAGGGGACCGACAUCGUUCUGAUGGUCGGUGGAUUUUCUGAAUCACUUGUUCUACAAGAUGCAGUCAAGAAAGCAUUUCCAUCCAAAACCGUUAUCAUUCCACCAGAGGCAGGUCUAGCAGUACUUAAAGGAGCAGUCCAGUUUGGGUUUGAACCGAAGGUUAUCUCAACCAGGGUGUGUAAAGUAACAUACGGCAUAGCAACUAACAGUCAUUUUGAUGAAGGGGUUGACCCGGAAGAUAAAAAAUUCACUGAUGAUGAUGGUGAUGUUUUGUGCAGAGGUCGAUUUAGUAAGCACGUAGAAAUCGGACAAUCUGUAAGAAUAGAUGAGGAGAUUGAAGAACAAAUCUAUUCACCUGUUGCUUCUGAUCAGAAAUCCAUGGGUAUUGAUGUUUGGACUUCAACAAACAAAAGUCCGAGAUACACAGACGAAAGGGGUUGUAGUCCUCACGGAAAAAUUUCUGUCGUACUUCCUGAUCACAAACUAGGCGUUAGUCGGGAUGUUGGUGUUAAAAUGAUUUUUGGCAAGACGGAACUGGAAGUAAGAGCCAUUGUUAAGCAUACGGGAAAAAGCAUUGCUGCCAAAUUUGACUUCCUACGCUAAUUCAUUAAACAAUUCAAACUUUGGUGUAAUAAUGCCACAAAACUGUGUUGUUGUUUUUUCUUUGUUUUCAUGUGUUAUCAUUGAAUGAAAUAUUAAAUAAUCAAGAUAUAAA